GGCGAGCGGCGGAAGUGCCGCGGAGUUGGAGCGGGGCCGGCGCCGCGGCCGCUGCUUCUGUUGGCCGAGCUGCUGCCGCCGCCGGGCGGAGUGGCGGACGCGCGGAGCCGGGGGUCGGCGCGGCGGGGCCGGCGGGGCGAGGCGGGGCUCACCGGCCCCGAUGAGGCGGAAAGAGAAACGGCUCCUGCAGGCGGUGGCGCUGGCGCUGGCGGCCCUGGUCCUGCUGCCCAACGUGGGGCUCUGGGCGCUUUACCGCGAGCGGCAGCCCGACGGCACCCCUGGGGGACCCGGGGCGGCGGCGGUGGCAGCGGCAGCCCCGGCGGCGGGACAGGGCUCACACAGUCGGCAAAAGAAGACCAUUUUCCUGGGAGAUGGGCAGAAGCUGAAAGACUGGCAUAACAAGGAGGCCAUCAGGAGGGAUGCUCAGCGCGUAGGAAAUGGAGAACAAGGGAAACCGUAUCCCAUGACAGAUGCUGACCGAGUGGACCAGGCCUACCGAGAAAAUGGAUUUAACAUCUACGUCAGUGAUAAAAUCUCCCUAAAUCGCUCUCUGCCUGAUAUCCGGCAUCCCAACUGCAACAGCAAACGCUACCUGGAGAGCCUGCCCAACACCAGCAUCAUCAUUCCCUUCCACAACGAGGGCUGGUCUUCCCUCCUGCGCACUGUACACAGCGUGCUCAACCGCUCGCCCCCGGAGCUGGUCGCUGAGAUUGUGUUAGUGGACGACUUUAGUGACCGAAAGCACCUGAAGAAGCCACUUGAAGACUACAUGGCCCGUUUCCCUAGUGUGAGGAUUCUCCGAACCAAGAAGCGGGAGGGACUAAUAAGGACCCGAAUGUUAGGGGCCUCAGCGGCCACCGGAGAUGUCAUCACAUUCUUGGACUCACAUUGUGAAGCCAACGUCAACUGGCUUCCCCCCUUGCUUGACCGCAUUGCUCGGAACCGCAAGACUAUUGUGUGCCCGAUGAUCGACGUGAUUGACCAUGAUGACUUUCGGUACGAGACACAGGCUGGGGAUGCCAUGCGGGGCGCCUUUGACUGGGAGAUGUACUACAAGCGCAUCCCGAUCCCUCCAGAGCUGCAAAAGGCUGACCCCAGCGACCCAUUCGAGUCUCCUGUGAUGGCUGGUGGACUGUUUGCUGUGGACCGGAAGUGGUUCUGGGAGCUGGGCGGAUAUGACCCAGGCUUGGAGAUCUGGGGAGGGGAGCAGUAUGAGAUCUCGUUCAAGGUGUGGAUGUGUGGAGGCCGCAUGGAGGACAUCCCAUGCUCCAGGGUGGGCCAUAUCUACAGGAAGUAUGUGCCCUACAAGGUGCCUGCUGGAGUCAGCCUGGCCCGGAACCUUAAGCGAGUGGCAGAAGUGUGGAUGGAUGAGUAUGCCGAGUACAUCUAUCAGCGCCGGCCGGAGUACCGCCACCUCUCUGCAGGGGACGUGGUUGCACAGAAAAAGCUCCGCAGCUCCCUCAACUGCAAGAGUUUCAAGUGGUUUAUGACCAAGAUCGCCUGGGACCUGCCUAAAUUCUACCCACCCGUGGAGCCCCCGGCCGCAGCCUGGGGGGAGAUUCGCAACGUGGGCACCGGCCUGUGUGCAGACACCAAGCACUGGGCCCUGGGCUCCCCACUGAGGCUGGAGAGCUGCAUCCGGGACCGUGGGGAGGCCGCAUGGAACAGCAUGCAGGUGUUCACCUUCACCUGGCGAGAAGACAUCCGGCCCGGAGACCCCCAGCACACCAAGAAGUUCUGCUUUGACGCCAUCUCCCACACCAGCCCCGUCACCCUCUAUGACUGUCACAGCAUGAAGGGAAACCAGCUGUGGAAGUACCGCACAGACAAGACCCUGUACCACCCCGUAAGCGGCAGUUGCAUGGACUGCAGUGAAAAUGACCACAGGAUCUUCAUGAACACCUGCAACCCUGCCUCACCCACCCAGCAGUGGCUGUUUGAACACACCAACUCAACAGUCUUGGAAAAAUUCAAUAGCAACUGAACCCUCCCAACCCCUUGGCAGCUCAGCAGGGUGCUCUCACAGCACCCAUAGGGCCUGCAUGGGUGCCAUGGCAUACUGGGUGCUGGCCAAACGAUUCAAGGCAAAGAGGACUUUGGAAGCUAGAGUUCUAGGGUCCCUGAGCCCCUGAGUCAUGAGGGUGGGCAGGGAACAGGCUCUGAGUAGAGCCUGCUUCGACCCCUGCUGGCACCAUGGAAAAGGAGAGGCUCCUUGGCUUUGUGAUCAUAUCCCCUGGAAUGCUGUGCAAGAGAAUGCCAGGCAGCUGCAGGCUACUCAGAAAUAAAGCCUGCAAAGUUGCCCGGGCCCAUUGGCAUCUCUCAGGCUUGACUGUGCUCUGGAAAGAGGCCACAUCUGCGGGGUGGGGCAGGGGAGGAAGCCGACUUCAACACCAGUGCCGCCCUUGUACAACACAAGGGAAAGAAGUCCUCCUCAGGGUUCUUUAGUUCUGCCUCCCUUGCAGGCUCAGCCUCUCUUCUGUGUCUCAGAUGAGUUCCAAAGCCCUAAGAGUGCUCCAUGCUGAAUGCUGGCCAGCCACCAGGCCUAGGAUCAGGUGAGGGGCCCCAGGCACUGCAUUGCAGCCAUGGACUUGCAAGAUGUUCUCUGUGUGCUGGAAAUACCCAUAGUGCUUUCCAUCUUCAAGGACAGCCCAGCCACCAGCUUUUCAAGGCUAUGGUUCAGAUGAACAUGGGCCCCUGGAAAGGCCAAAUAGAAGACCAGACUAGAACAUUGGCUGAGGUUCUCUGAUCCCUGCUUCCAGUGCCCUCUCUCCAUGCUGGGAAGCCUCAAGAGAGGACAGGAGGUGCUUCACCUCUCAGAGUCUGGAGGCCUUCCAGAUCAACUCUGGGCAAGUGCCUCGCCUCUGAAUUCAACAUGGUCCUGGUUCUCAUAGAAUCUCCAAGUUGCUAAAGGACUCUAGAGUGUAGUCACCAACCAGUUCCCACUUUAGGGAUCUGGUGUUGUGGCCUCCAGUAUGAAUUUCCAGAAUGCUGUCACUAAGGCAGCCAGGCAGGUAGGAUAUAGUCAAGGCGGCCCUCAGUCAAGGAGCAAUCUGUGAAAUCCAAGGUUGGUGCUGGGGACGAAGUCCAAGGACAGGUGUCCACAGCGAGGUCCUCAGCCAACACCUGAAGCCCUGAAUGUCCCGCCAUCACCACAGCUACAGCCUCAUUUGCAGUGGAGAAGAACCUCAUGUCCUAUGAGCACACCUGUACCCAGCUCCACACCAGCCCUUCCAUGGAUUUUUUUUUUUUUUUUUUUUUUUUUUUUGCUUUAUUUCAUGUCUAACUCCCCAAGGGUUCCCAAACAAUUAGGAAACAUUUCAGUAACCAACCCACCACCUCUGAGUCAACAGAGGAAAUCACGUUCCACAACCUAUGGCUUCUACCACCAGUUAGCUCCAGGAAGUGCUUGGAAUCAGUAUUCCAAUUAGAGUUGGGUCUCUUGACUGUGUCGUUUACCGGUUAAAUAAUACAAAUCUGGGAACAGAGCCACGAACUGCCUUCGAGAUGCUGGCUAAUCUUGAGGCCGUCCGUAAUCAAGGCAAGGGAGGGAAAACCACUCCUGACACACCAUCACAUUGAACUUGAGCCUGGCAAAGGGUCACUCCCACUUCUGCCCCUAGCACAGCCCCACUCUGGAUGGCUGCACCCACGAGAGGAUGCCCCUGUGCUUGUGAAGCUUGCCCGUCGCUCCCUGGCACCCUUUGCCACAUGACUACUGUGUCCUUAGAAGUGACCCUCUGCAGGACAGAGUCAAGAGAUGAGGCCUCUUCUGAAAUCUAAGGUAGCAAGAGUGUUGUACUUUGGGGAGACGAAUUAAGAGUCAUCAUCCGAGAGCAAUGCAGCAUCAAAUCAAAUUUGUU